GUGCCAUUUCUUGCCUGCCUCUUUAUGCUAAUCACCCUAGUUCACUCUGCUCCUCCUCCUUCCUGCCUCCCUUAAAGACUAUAUGUGUCCAGCUGUCACAGAGAGUAACUCAAACCAGGCGAAGAGCAGAAAUCAUUUGAUUUAUCCCCACAGCAUUUAUUUUCCUUUGUGUAUGUAUCACUGUAACAGUCCUCUCUAAAUACUAGAGGAAUUGGAUUUCGUAUCAGUGGAAGGCAGUGCAUUGACAUAACCGUAAUUUGUUAGAAAUAGUUGCUUUUGGGGAUCUUACAUGAUAAGAGGAGACAGUUUCAGUUUGCUUUGAAAUGAAAGAACUAAAUAUGGUUUUUGCCUCAUGAAUUGGCAUCUUUUUCUGUAGGGGAGGUAACAUUGGUAAAUAUUUAUUUCAGGAAUUAUGUCUAGGAAAAAGUUGGAAGUUUACUAGAGUAGUAAAUGUUUUACAUGCAUAGCAGAAACUGUGUGUGAGUAUGUGGUUCUGCAUAUCUUCUGAGAACCAUUUUAGGUGACUGGCUGAGGGAAGGAAAUGCUUGUAAUCCUCAAGCCACUGCCAGGCUGCUAGUACCAUGUCUGCUACUCAAAGGAAAGGCAGCAGCCACCUGUUCACCAGUCUGCACAUGUGUCACCUGAAGCUGCAAGAGAACCAGCAACAGCAAGAAAAAUCUGUCAUUGCUCAGCCAACAUUUAUUUUUGAAAAGGGAGAACAAACUUUUAAGAGACCUGUGGAAGAUAUCCUUCACGAAGCAGAACAUGAAUGUAAUGGUUUCUCAAGAAAACGUGUGCGAUCUUCAUCUUUUACUCUUCAUCAUACAGAUUCUGGGUUCCGCCGAGUGUCAGCCUUGUCUCAGAAGCGCCUGAGAUCCUCGUCCUUCACUGACCUCCCAACCUUUCCCCCUUCUGGGCCAGUAAAAAAAACCAAUGUUUUUAUGACAUCAACUCUCAUACAGAAGAAUGUUGAUAUGAACAGUGCAGAACAAGGUCCCAUUAAACACUCUGAAUGUGUUCUAAGACCUGCUGUUUUGCAGCCACCUCAAGCUCAAAGCUGUGAAAAUGUAAGAAAAACAUUUUGGCACAAUGCAUCAGAAUCCUGCAAGAUUAAAGAAAAAACAAAUCAUACGAUUUCUGUGGCCAACUGCAAUUUAUUAAGUGAAACUUUACCGACUUCCAGAAUCUCAGUCCAACAUUUUUUAGGUGCAACUUUACUAGGAUGUCAACCAAAUGAGGAUAAGUGUUCCAGUAAAAGUUGUAGUUCUGACUUUGUUUUUGGAGAAAACAUGGUAGAAAGAGUUUUGGGCCCUGCAAAAGUAACCCAGCCUCAACCUGAAAAUGAUACAGAUGUCAAGGAAACAACAUUUAAAUCCAUUCUGAAAUUUCCUAUCAACUCUCCAAAUUCAAGAACAGAGUCUAUUAAAAGUGCAUCUCUAAUUGAAUCAGCUGCUGCUUUCUCUUCCCAACCAUUACAAAAAUGCUUGCUGGAGAAAAUUGAUGUUAUAACAGGAGAAGAAGCGGAACACAAUGUGUUAAAGAUCAACUGCAAGCUUUUUAUAUUCAACAAAGCAACACAAUCCUGGAUUGAAAGGGGCAGAGGAACUUUGAGACUGAAUGACACAGCAAGCAGUGACUGUGGGACAUUACAGUCAAGACUAAUUAUGCGCAAUCAAGGCAGUCUGAGGCUGAUCCUCAAUAGCAAACUAUGGGCUCAAAUGAAGAUCCAAAGAGUAAACCACAAAAAUUUACGAAUAACAGCUACCGAUUUAGAAGACUAUUGCAUCAAAGUAUUCUUAAUUCAGGCUGGUCCCAAAGAUGCAAGAUAUCUUUAUGCAGCAAUACAUCACCGUCUUGUUGCCCUUCGAAGCUUCAGUAAUAAGCAGAAAGAUAUCAAUCAGGCUGAAAGCCAGUCAGAAACAGUCCUCCAACAACUGAACUGUGAAAGCUGUGACGAGGAUGAGGACGAUUUCAUCCAAGUCACUAAAAAUGUAUCAGAUCCUUCGAGGUGGACUCACAGACAAUCGGUUGCCUGUUCAUGAGUACGCCCUCCUAAAAACAUAAUGACAUCUACAAAAAGAUUGGUCAUCCUGAUGAAAAUACCAAAUCAUCCUAAUUUAAUGAGAAGAUACUAUUCAUUCCUUGAAGAAUUUCUAUAGAAAAGUUUAAGAAAUAUAAUUUUUUGUCAUUAAAAUUUUUUUAUGUUUUAUAUUUU